AUGCAUGCCAACACGCUCUUUUUCAGCAUUAUGGCCCUUUCCGGCGUGGUUGUGUCCACCAAGGGCAAGGGCCCCGGCCCAAGCUGCCCGGAGCAGGAGUACUACAACAAGAUGAUGGAAAGCAGGAAUCGCAAAGCCGCCGUCACGGACUGUGCUAAGUGGCUGAACGGUGAUAUAUCUGGUGCCGAAGACAUGCCCAGGUAUUUCAGGGAAUGCUCUGGAGACAAGGAUGAUGAGCGUGUCAGCCGAGUUUCGGCCGCCUGUUCUUGCAUCGCCACCUCAUCUGCCAGUAGCACCGCGUCGAGCACGGUCAUUGUGACUACGUCGACGAGCUCCUCCAGCAGUGAAGUAUCUUCAACUUCUGCAGUCUCAACGCCUCCAUCUGUCUCGGACUCUUCCAGCGUAGCAUCGACGUCCGAACAACCACCCACCGCGUCUUCGACCGAUACCAGCCCAACUUCGGGCCACACGGAUCCGACUUCAACAGCUACCGGCUCGCACACCACCUCGGCGCCAGCCACGGUAUCAUCGUCGCCUCAGACGAGCGACGGAACUACCGCUUCUACUGCUAUCCAUAUCUCUGACUCUGCGUUUACAUCGGCGACUCAUAGCUCGAACUCAGAGCCUGCCCACUCCUCAUCUUCGCAGUUCGAGUCCACGCGUUUUCCUUCCACAGACCACAGCAGCUCUUCAUCCACCAUAUCGCAGUCAAACCAACUAGAAACCACGCUUUCACAGGCAACAACUGCCAGCACAGUACUGGUCACAUCCACUAUUGCCAUAUCCACCACAGUCUGUCCAGUGAUCGAGACUCCUCAACCUGCUCCCUCUGGCGAGGACAUCACCACCACUAAGCUGGUAACCUCUACUCUAUACACGACAACUACGUCCACGCUGACGAGGUGCCCACCCGGGGCGACUUACUGCCCCGUCGGAAACAUCCCAAUCACCAAGACCGUCCCCAUCGGCGAGACGGUUCUGACAACCACCACAGUUGUGCCUGCGGGCGAGCAGAGCAACGCCGAGAAACACCCAUCCUCAACCCCCAGCGUGACUCCCAGCAGAGACAACAAUGGAAACGAGAACCCCAGCUACACGGUGAUCAGCGUCCCAACGACAAUCUACACCGUCAUGAACGGCGUCACCGCCCAGAUCCUGACCGUGAUACCAGUCACCAGCGCCCUGCCGGUCGGAAAGGCCUCGCUGUCAGAUGCGACGCUCGAGGCAAACGCCUGGCAGGGCGCCGAGGCCGGCGGUUCGGACCUGGCCGCGGCGCCGCCGAUUCCGCCUGGGAACCAGACCGCCGCCAAGGGCUCGACCUCGUCUCGUCUGCCGGUCGUGACGGCCGGUGCGGCUGGUGUUGGGAGCAGUGAUGGGGUGCGGGCGGCAUUUUUGGUUUUCGUCUUGGCGUUGUUUUUUUAG